UUGAUGUUUUUUUGACAUUUGGCAUUUGAUGGCGUCUAGUAAAUAAAAAAUAUUGCACAAUUUUCUUGAAAAAGCUGCAAUGGAAACGAUUUUGGAGCAGCAACGGCGUUAUCACGAGGAAAAAGAGCGUCUCAUUGACGCAAUGGUUAAAGAAAUUUUGCAUAAAAAAACAACGUACCGCGAGGCUAUAAACUCGGAUUACCGCCUUAAAUUCCUACUAGAUAAGUAUAUGACGUCUACAGAUCGUUUAAUUGAAUUAUAUGAGGACAAAGAUGGGCAAAGAAAAGCAGAAGUCGCCGCCCUCACUGGUCCUAAUGAGUUUCAGGAGUUUUAUAAUCGUCUCAAGCAGAUUAAAGAUUUUUACAGGAAGCACCCUAAUGAGAUAAGUAUUCCAAUGUCUGUUGAAUUUGAUGAAUUGGCCAAAGCGCGUGAAAAUCCAACUGAGGAAAUGGCAAAUUUGGUUGAAUUUACUGACGAGGAAGGUUAUGGAAAAUACCUGGAUUUGCAUGAAUGUUAUGAAAAAUAUAUCAAUUUGAAAGGUAUUGAAAAAGUUGAUUAUAUUACAUAUUUGGGCACUUUUGAUCAGCUUUAUGAUAUUCCCAAAGAACGCAAAACUGGGGAAUAUCGCAAAUAUUUGCUUUGUUUGAUUGAGUAUUUAACUUGGUUUGUACAAAGAGUCAAACCUUUGAUGGACAUUGAUGCAGAUUUACAAAACGAAGUUGAUAAUGUUAUGGUACAGUGGGAAAAUGGGACAGUUCCAGGAUGGCCUAAAGAGACAGGGUCGGCUUUGGCAAACGUUGGGGCCCAUUUGGACUUAUCUGCAUUUUCAAGUUGGGAGGAAUUGGCUUCAUUAGGUUUGGACAGGUUGAAGUCGGCCCUAAUGGCCCUUGGCUUAAAAUGUGGCGGGACGCUGGAAGAGCGUGCCCAGCGUUUAUUUUCAACCAAAGGUAAAGGCUCACUAGACCCAUCCUUGAUGACUAAAAACAAAUCAGGAAAAGCGAGUAAAGAGAAGGAGCAACUGAGGCAAAGAGAGUUGGCUUGUCUGGAGGCGCAAGUUUACAGGUUGGCAGAACUGGUGGCCCCCCAACGCGCCGCAACUAAAGAAAAUGUCCAGAGGAAACAAGCGCGGACGGAUGGUGAAAGGGACGAUAGUGAAAAUGAGGAGAGUGAGGAGGAAAGUCCUGAUGAAGCCGACGAUGACGUUCCCUAUAACCCCAAAAACUUGCCUUUGGGCUGGGAUGGCAAACCUAUCCCGUAUUGGUUGUACAAACUCCACGGUUUGAAUAUCAGUUACAAUUGUGAAAUUUGCGGAAAUUACGUUUAUAAAGGACCAAAAGCGUUUCAAAGACAUUUCGCAGAGUGGCGACAUGCGCACGGAAUGCGAUGUUUGGGGAUCCCCAAUACCGCGCAUUUUGCAAACGUGACGCAAAUUGAGGACGCCCUAGCACUCUGGGAGAAACUCAAAGUGCAAAAACAGGCAGAGCGUUGGCAACCUGAAACAGAGGAAGAGUAUGAAGAUUCCCAAGGGAAUGUCGUUAACAGAAAAACUUACGAAGAUCUCAAACGACAAGGUUUAUUGUAAUUUGUAUUGAAAGUAACAAUAAAAGAUAAAAACAAAAUAAACUUAAUUUUAAAUA